GUUCAGAAUUGAUGGAUGAGUUUCUCCAUUGUGGGAAUUCCAGACCUGAGGGCUCUGUUGAGUAAUCGCCCCAGUGCUGAUUAUAUGACCCUGAGCGCUGUGGUGCUGGACCAGAAGAGAGGGCUGAACUCUGAGGAGCACAUCAUGAAGCUGGAUUUGGAGGCACAUCUGUCUUCUUUGGCACUGUUGCUCGCCUUUCUGUCUUCAGUUCGCUGUCAGCAGCCUGUAAACUGCAGAUGGGGGCCUUUUGGAGACUGGUCUGUGUGUGAUGGCUGUUCCCGUACAAAGGUGCGGACUCGCCACGUGGAGAUCUACGCCCAGUUUGGAGGUGUGCCAUGUUCAGGAGAAGCUACACAAAACCAGCCAUGUGUCCCGCAGAUGAGCUGUCCCCUGGACAUCGGCUGUGGAGACAGGUUCCGUUGCUCUACCGGUCAGUGUAUCAGCCGGUCUCUGCUGUGUAACGGAGACCAGGACUGUGAGGACGGUCUGGACGAGAGACACUGUGAAGAAGACGGAAGCCACUACUCUUGUGACAUUGACAAAACACCUCCCAACUCUGACUUAACGGGCAGUGGGUACGAUGUGUUAACUGGCCAGCUGAGAGCAGGUGUGAUCAACACCCAGAGCUUUGGAGGCCAGUGCAGGAAGGUGUUCAGUGGUGACCAUAAGGUCUAUUUCAGACUGCCACAGAGUGUCCUCAGGUACAACUUUGAGGUAACAGUAGACAAUGAAGAGAGUGAUGAGUCCUACGAGAGCAGCUGGUCCUACAUGAAGCACAUCCAAUCGGACGCCUUGGUGGGACACGAUCGUCGCACUUUCCACAGAGAGCUCACCGACAAUAAGGCCUACAGACUUCUGAUCCUGAAGAAUAAAGUGGAGCUGGCCCAGUUCCAAAACUCUGCUCCUCAGUAUCUGACUCUGACCCAAGGCUUCUGGAAGGCCCUGUCCUCGCUGCCGCUCACAUACGACUACUCUGCCUACCGACGGCUCCUCCAGACAUACGGCACACACUACCUCUCAGAGGGCUCGCUCGGAGGCGAAUAUCAAGCCUUGCUGGAGUUAGACCGCCAGGCACUCGCAUCUACCGAUACCACAGAUGUGGAGUACCAGAGAUGCUGGAGGAAGGUUAAACGCCGUUGGUUCAGGAAGAAAGUCAAGACUGUCUGCGAAAAACUGACAAAAUCUAUAUCAUCCAGUCAGGGACACAACGUCAACAGGAUGCCCAUUAAGGUCAACGUGUUCGGGGGCGAUCCAGCCUUCAAAGGCGCUCUGUCUGUUCUGAAUCUGGAAAACCCCGAGGCUAACGGAGAGAUCUACGACAACUGGGCCUCAUCUGUCAAAGACUUCCCUGAAGUCAUAAACCAGAAGCUGCGCCCUCUGUAUGAGCUGGUGAAAGAGGUGGAGUGUGCAGGUCUGAAGAAGUUCCACCUGAAGAGAGCCACAGAGGAGUACCUGGCAGAGGAGCAUCCCUGUCACUGCCGGCCCUGCCAGAACAACGGUCAGCCGCUGCUGACGGGCUCCGAGUGUCGCUGCGUCUGCCGGCCGGGAACGUCAGGACGAGCCUGUGAGAGUGGAGCUGUGACCGGGGAACAACCAGGGGUGAUCCACGGCAGCUGGAGCUGCUGGUCCUCCUGGGGAGCCUGUUCUGGAGGUCAAAGGUCAAGGACCCGAAGCUGCAACAACCCCGCCCCCAGCAGAGGUGGCCAACACUGCAUCGGACUGCGGGUGGAGCAGAAGCCUUGUGAGGAUGCAGACAUCCAGUAUUUAAAGGUGAUGGAGCCUCAGUGUUUCAGUCUCUCUGUGACCCCACCAAAGACAUGUGGAGCACCUCCAAAUCUCAGGAAUGGAUUCAUUCAGAAUCCCAGAGAUUUUUACCUGGUUGGAAACACUGUGGAGUACACCUGCGCAGACGGGUAUCACCUCAGUGGAGAUGCUCUGGCUGAAUGCACUGAAAACCAAAGGUGGAGGACAGGACCCAUGGUUUGUGAAAGUUCCACAUGUGGGAUUCCUCCUCUCAACAGUGAAGUUGUAGCCACGCCCACCAAAGCAGCCUAUCAGAUUGGAGACAGAGUCUCCCUGUCCUGUCCUGCGGGGUCGGUGCUGGAUGGUGCGGUGUCAGAGAUCAUGUGCAAUCCCAGUCUGCAGUGGUCUCCUUCACCAGACAGCACUCACUGUAAAGCCGCGCCCACAGUUCCCUCGCCCCCACGUGGCCUGAAGUGUGCGCUGUGGGAAAAUGUAGGGAAAACUGACUGUGUGUGUAAGAUGCCCUUUCAGUGUCUGACAUCUCUGCAGUUGUGCGCCAGACUCGGCUCAACUCCACCACGUUUACUUGGAGUCUGUCAGCUUGGAGCUCUGCGGUGUAUGGGGCGGAGCCUCACGUUAGCCAGCGACAGUGACUGUAACUGGCCAGAGGAGACUUCCUGUGAGGACUGUAAACCGGGGACCAUCUGUCAGGAAUCGACAAGAAAAUGCGUCUGUCAGGACGUGUCAGAAUGCCCUGAAGGCUCCGCCCCCCUGUGCAUCAGCACCGGUGCUGGCAGCGCUGCAAGGACGAUGACUGAAUGUGAGGUUGGGGCCAGAAGGUGUGCUGGGGAGCAGGUCAACGUGAUCAGUAUAGAGGCUUGUCCACAAUAAAGAUGGCUGUUGUUUCAUUUUACAUAGCAGUGUAUAUAAAGGAGGAACUAGGGCUUUCUCAGUGACUGAAUUGUAAAUAAAUACUAUGAAUUUUUUCUAAAACUUGACUGAUGUUAAUACAUUCCUCUGCCAUCCCGUGAUGUCUUUAUAUUUGUCAUGAAGCAGUGAUGAUAAACAACAUUUCAAAGCGCACAUAAGACAAAAUCUCAAAAUAAAUGCCUUGGUUAUCGAUUGUUUUUUUUUUUGGUUAUAGGAUGUGAAUAAAACAUUUUACAGAAAA